GCAAGCAUCUUCCAUCUCCCACACAAUUCACGAACACCGGGCAAAAGUUCACAGCACCCUUCGACCGACCGAUUGUUUUCGUAAACCAGCCACGCAACACCAAACAGAGCGGUUUCUCACACAGUCACUAUGGAUUCUGCUGCAUCAGCGCUCUCGCAAGGCGCUCUCGAUGUGAUCUUCAAUGAUCCCGACAAGGCCCCCAAGCUAUUCCCCGUGCCGGUCAUGCAGUGCCUUCAGGUCAAGCAGAUGGCGCCCUCUGCCCAGGGAGGAGACCGAUACCGGCUCGUCAUGAGCGAUGGCGGACAUUACGUCCAAACGAUGCUUGCUACUCAGGCCAACCGUCACGUUCACGAUGGCAAGCUUGUCCGUGGUUGCUUCGUCCGCGUGAAGCAGUACACCCCCAACAACUUGAAGGGAAAGAACAUUCUCGUCAUCCUCGAUCUCGAAGUUAUCGAAUCCUUGGGCAUCCAGGAAAAAGUCGGCGAGCCGGUCGCAGUCGACACCAAGGCACCCCAAGAGGCCACCAUCGCAGGAGACGACUUCUAUGGCGUCAAGAAGGAAGAGAAGAAGCCACAGGUGCAACAACAACAGUCUAUGCCUUCGCGACCCGCGACACACGGUGGCAGCAACAUCUACCCUAUCGAGGGUUUGUCGCCCUUUGCACACAAGUGGACGAUCAAGGCCCGCGUCACCGUCAAGUCAGACAUCAAGACCUGGCAUAAGGCUACCGGCGAAGGAAAGCUGUUCAGUGUCAACUUGCUUGACGAGAGCGGCGAAAUCAAGGCUACUGGCUUCAACGACCAGUGUGAUUCGUUCUACGACCUCUUGCAGGAAGGCUCGGUCUAUUACAUCUCCACCCCUUGCCGUGUCUCGCUGGCAAAAAAGCAAUUUUCCAACCUCCCCAACGACUAUGAGCUUGUGUUUGAGCGCGAUACCGUUAUUGAGAAGGCCGAGGACCAGUCAAAUGUCCCCCAAGUGCGAUUCAACUUUUGUUCCAUCCAGGAGCUGCAAAGCGUCGAGAAGGACAACACCGUCGAUGUUAUUGGUGUUUUGAAGGAAGUUGGCGAGAUCAACGAGAUUACCUCCAAGAAGGAUGGGCGACCCUUCCAGAAGCGAGAUCUUACCAUUGUGGACGACACUAGCUACUCAGUUCGCGUUACUGUCUGGGGCAAGAUCGCAAAUUCGUUUGACUCGCCGCCAGAGUCUGUCAUUGCAUUCAAGGGUACCAAGGUGUCCGACUUCAACGGCAAGAGCCUCAGUCUACUCUCCUCGGGAACCAUGUCCAUUGACCCUGACAUCCCCGAUGCACACAGGCUCAAGGGCUGGUAUGACUCAGCUGGUCGAAAUGAUACCUUUGCUACCCAUCAGAACAUGACAAGUAUGAGCGGUGCUACCGGUCGAAAGGACGAAGAGAAGACCAUUUCUCAGGUCAAGGAUGAGAACAUUGGCAUGGACGCCCCAGUCUACUACUCCGUCAAGGCUACCAUUGUCUUCAUCAAGCAGGAUAACUUCUGCUACCCUGCCUGCUCCUCUGCAGAUUGCAAUAAGAAGGUGACGCCCAUGGGUGAUGCCUGGCACUGCGAGAAGUGCCAGGUUUCUCACGACAAGCCUGACUACCGAUACAUCUUGUCGUUAAAUGUUGCCGAUCAUACCAGCCAUCAGUGGCUCAGCUGCUUCGACGACACUGGUCGGAUCAUUAUGGGCCUGACUGCCAAUGAGCUGAUGGAGCUCAAGGAGAAUGACGACACCAAGUUUAUGGCCGCGUUUGAGGCAGCCAACUGCAAGAGGCUCAACUUCCGGUGCAGGGCGAAGAUGGACACGUUUGGUGACGCACCAAAGAUACGAUACCAGGUGAUGAGCGCGUCGGUUCCAGACUUCAAGUCGGAGGGAGACAAGUUGGCGGAGUUGAUCAAGCAAUAUGAGAUCAGUUCCUAACGAAAUUGCUAUGAUAGGUAAAGGGGCAAGAGGCACAUGAUGGUUAAACCGGGGACUUAUGGGCUGGGUUAUAUCGUUGAUAUGGAGCCUGUUUUGAGACCAUGUCCGAUUCACGUAGACUAAUGAU